AGUUUAAAAUCGUUAUCCUCUCUUCCAAUUGGGAAUUCUCCUAAAAACCCUAAAUCGACCAUCUUUCUUCUUCGUCUUCGCCCUUCUAUCGAUCUUCUUCGGCAACGGAAGAAAAGUUCAGCCUCUAGCCAUAUUUCUGAUGGCGUCCAAAUCGAAGAGCGAAAACCCUCACACCGGUGAUGGCGCUAGCCCCGGGAAGAUUUUCAUUGGAGGAUUGGCGAAAGAUACAACUUACACUCAAUUCAACAAGCAUUUUGGGAAAUAUGGAGAGAUAACAGACUCAGUGAUCAUGAAAGAUCGGUAUACGGGACAGCCUAGAGGUUUUGGGUUUAUCACUUAUGCUGAUCCUUCGGUGGUUGACAAGGUUAUUGAAGAUACACACAUCAUCAAUGGGAAACAAGUUGAAAUUAAGAGAACCAUCCCGAAAGGACAAGGUCAAUCAAAGGAUUUUAAGACGAAGAAGAUAUUUGUUGGUGGCAUUCCAUCAACGGUUACUGAAGAUGAGUUUCAACAUUUCUUUUCCAAGUAUGGGAAAGUUGUGGAACACCAAAUCAUACGUGACCAUGAAACCAACCGCUCGCGAGGCUUUGGGUUUAUAGUUUUUGAGGAGGAAGAAGUUGUAGAUGAAAUUUUAUCCAAAGGAAAUAUGAUAGAUAUGUCUGGUACCCAGGUGGAGAUCAAGAAAGCUGAACCCAAGAAAUCCUCAAACCCUCCACCUGCUCCUGCAUAUGGUAGCAAUUCUAGGGCUCGUUCAUUCAAUGAUGGCUUUGGUGGAUAUGGCAGUUCUUAUGGGGACUUUGAUGCAGGCUUUGGACCUGGCCCCUUUAGGAACCCAGGUGGUAUUGGUGGUAGGAUUGGGAGUGGCUAUGGUUAUGGUAGUGGUGGUGAUUUUGGUGGUGGUUAUGGAGGAUUUGGAGGCAAUAGCUUAGGUGGCUACCGAGGUGAAUCAUCCCUCGGUUAUUCUAGUCGAUUUGGACCUUACAGUGGUGGGUUUGGUGGGGGAUAUGGCACGAGUGGCUUAGGAGGAUAUGGACGAGGGGUUGAUGGCUAUGGGAGCUAUGGAAGUUCAGGUUAUGGUGGAGGUUACGACUCUGGUCCUGGUGCUAGUUAUGGUGGAGCAGGUGGUUUGUAUGGAAGGGGAGGCUAUAGUGGGACUGGGAGUAGUCGAUACCAUCCUUAUGCAAGGUAGAAUCAUUACAUAGUACCCGUCCAUCCCUUUGGAAGCUAGAAAAGAAGUCUUUCUCCAUUGCUGUCUUGCUAAGAUUUGCCAUAGUCACACAGGUUCCUUUAGUUUUGUGGCCCAGUGAUAGGCGCUUCUCACAAAUACUAGAGGUCCUGAGGAAGCUUUUGAAAGACCAGAAGAGUGUAUUAGACAUUUUAUUGUAUGGUUUUAGAUACUGUUAUGUAGACUACUACUGCAAGCUAGUUUGUGCCUAAUAUGGUUGUCCUGAUCUAGUACAAUUUCAAUGUAGUGUGCUAUGGUGUAGGCUUUAGCAUAUACCUUUUUCUUGGUUGUGUUUAUUCCUCACAUUAGUUUGAUAUCUAGAUAGAUUUAUUAUGUCCUAUAUAUAUAUGCCUA